AUGGGAGACAUAGAUCCAGCUUACAUACUACCCAAAGAACACCGUCCCAAUUUCUCUACCUUUGUCGAAGUUGAUGAAAUUCCAAUCAUUGACCUCUCAGAAACUAGUCAAGAAAAUCUCAUCUCAAAAAUUGGUAAGGCAUGUGAAAAAUGGGGAUUUUUUCAAAUAAUCAAUCAUGGAGUUCCCUCUGAACUUAUCACGAAGGUUGAAAACGAAGCCAGAAAGUUUUUUGAACUAAGUAUAGAAGAAAAAAAGAAACUGAAAAGAGAUGCAUUUAAUACAACGGGGUAUCAUGAUGCUGAACAUACUAAGACAACAAGAGAUUGGAAAGAGGUUUAUGAUUUUCUUGCUAAAGAUGGAGUACAAAUCCCUUGUUCUGAUGAUCCACAUGACUUGGAGCUAUGUACUCAAAAAAAUCAAUGGCCACAAUCCCUUCCACAUUUUAGGAAAAUAAUGGAGGAAUAUGGUGGGAAAUUAGAAAAACUAUCUUACAAGUUGUUGGAGUUAAUUUUAUUGAGCUUAGGCUUAGCUGAUGGCAAAUUCCUUGACUGCUUCAAGAACCAUCUAAGCUUUACGAGGCUCAAUUACUAUCCUCCAUGCCCUUUUCCUGAUUUGGCACUUGGGGUUGGUUCUCACAAGGAUCCUUGUAUCUUGACCGUGGUUUUACAAGAUGAUAUUGGAGGUUUACAAGUUAAGAAAAAUUUACUUGGUGGUUGGGUUCCAGUUAAACCUAUUCCUAAUGCAUUGGUUGUCAAUCUAGGUGAUGUUCUUCAGGUUUGGAGCAAUGACAAAUAUGAUAGUCCAGAACACAGGGUGGUAUUAAACUCACAGAAAGAAAGGUUUUCCUAUCCAUUCUUCCUCUUUCCAGGUCACCAUAUUAUUGUGAAACCUGCAGAAGAGCUAGUGAGUGAGCAAAAUCCUACAAAAUACAAAGCCUACAAUUUUGGAAAAUAUUAUGCUAAUAGAACCCAUGCUGAUUUCAGUAAACAAGAGGUUGAGUAUAAAGAAAUUCAUCAGUACAAGAUUUUGGAUUAG